AUGGCAUCUGUUGCUACUCAAGUUUACAUUCCCCCGCCAAGUAGUCGUGGGGCUUCAGUCUCAGACAUUGAAGCUAUCGGAAAAGAUAGUGAGCCAGCAGCAGAGUGGCGUGCUAGAGCAGGCAUCGACAUAUCCAAACAAGUCCGUUUGGUGAAGCUUGUCCAUAUGCGAUACCAACAUCCCGACCUUGACGAAAUCACAACAUUCCUCCAAGAUUUUGGUAUGCACAUUGUCAAAGCUACCGAUGAAAAGAGAUGGUUCGGAGGCUACGGUCCCGAUCAAUAUGUUUAUUAUGCACAAAAAGGACCACGGAAGUUUUUGGGAGGGACUUAUGAGGUGGAGACUUUCGCCGAUCUGGAGAAAGCUUCCAGAAUAAAGGGGGCUGGACAAAUCGAGGCUCUAGAAGAUGCUCCAGGAGGUGGGCAUCUCUUAACUUUGAUAGAUCCUGAAGGCUUUCCUGUUAGCCUCAUCCAUGGACAAGACCCCGUCAAGGUUGGAGAAAUCCCCAAACAGCUCGUCAUGAACUAUGAAGCCGACAAACCAAGAGUGAGAGAAUUCCAACGCUUCAAGGAGGGCCCGGCAGCUGUGCAUAAGCUAACCGACUUCAAGCUUGGUCAUUACGGUCUCUGUGUGCAAAACUUCGACACCUUGCUGGCUUGGUACACGAAGAACUUUAACAUUGUACCUACUGACUUUCUCUAUGUACUCCCCGAGGGUAAGAGGAAAAUUGUGGCUGUUUUCGCACACAUUGAUCGCGGAACUGACUAUGUUGAUCAUCACACUUUCUUCAUGUCUACAAAUAAGACCUCGCAUGUUCAUCACUGCUCGUUUGAGGUCCACGACUUUGAUACGCAGCAAAUAGGGCAUCAGUGGCUUGCAAAGAAGGGCUACAAGAGUGUUUGGGGAGUGGGGCGUCAUAUCUUGGGGAGCCAGAUAUUUGAUUACUGGUGGGACACAACCGGAAACAUGGUCGAACACUAUGCAGAUGGGGACGUGAUCAACUCCGAGACACCAAUAGGUUACGGGCCAGCCGGGGAUGAAAGCUUGGCGGUUUGGGGCCCGGAUGUCCCAAAGACAUUCCUGGACUAA